AAACAAAAACAAUCAACAACGCUUCUGCUCAGCGGUGCACGAUAAAAAAACCACUACCUAACGAUGGCCAAACAUCAUCCAGAUUUAAUUUUCUGCCGCAAGCAACCGGGUGUGGCCAUUGGACGCCUGUGCGAAAAGUGUGAUGGCAAGUGCGUGAUCUGUGACUCGUAUGUGCGACCCUGCACGUUGGUACGAAUUUGUGACGAAUGUAAUUACGGUUCGUAUCAGGGUCGGUGCGUUAUAUGCGGCGGGCCAGGUGUAUCGGAUGCGUACUACUGCAAAGAAUGUACAAUCCAGGAGAAGGAUCGCGAUGGAUGUCCCAAAAUCGUAAACCUUGGCAGCUCAAAAACCGAUCUGUUCUACGAGAGGAAAAAGUACGGCUUCAAGAGAUAAACGUAGCGUG